UUUGGUUAAGCUUAAAUCAUUAACAGGGAUUUAAAAAAAAAUUGUAGCUUUUGUAAUUUCGAACAGUUCCACCAGAGUAAAAUGAAAUAAAAUGAAAUGGAACAGGAAUGUUAACCUCUUUGACGUAUACAGGUUGUCGGCGAAGAUAUUCUAAUCAAUAUUGUUGAUCUAAUUCAAUACAAAAUGUUACGAAUAAUACUUUUUAUAUUGAUAUGUAGUUUUGUUGGUAUUCAUUCUGCCAAUCUGGAAACAGUGAGUGAUGAAGAACUCAUAAAUCUCAUAAAAACUGAGAAAUAUGUAGUGGUGCUUUUCACAAACAAAGAUUGUACAACAUGUGAAAACUAUGAGAAUGAGAUGAUCCACUUGAGAGAAGAUUUGGUAAAUUCCUUAUCCGCUUGGGUUGUGAAAACUGUUGAUAGUCAAUUACUUCGUCUUUACAGUACUGAUAAAGAACCAGCACUUGUGUUCUUUAGACAUGGAAUGCCUUUACUUUACGAUGGACCUUUGAAUGCUGAAGAAAUUUUAACUAUGUUCAUUGAAAAUAAAGAACCUACAGUGAAGGAACUAACAGAUGAUACAUUUGAACAUCUAACACAGGCAAGUAGUGGAGCUACAACCGGGGAUUGGUUUGUUAUGUUUUAUAGUACAGACUGUGUGGAAUGCGUUAGAAUGAUUGCAAGGUGGGAGGCUGUAGGUGCAAAACUAAAGCAAAGGGUUAAUGUAGCACGUAUCGAUAAGUAUACAACUGGAGCAUCUACAGCAAGAAGAUUCAAUGUUUAUGAAGCUCCUGAAUUUAUAUUCUUUAGACAUGGUAAAAUGUAUCGUUAUCAGAUUUCAAAAUACGACAUUAACUCUUUUAUAUCAUUUGCAAAAGAAUGGUACAGAAAUGCACGUGCUGAGCCUGUUCCUGUACCACAAAGCCCAUUUGACGAUCUCGUACAAAUGAUUGCAAAUUUCCUUCGUGAAAAUCCGUGGAUAAUGAAACUUGGCAGCAUAACGAUAGGUGUAUUUAUUAUAAUUUCUGUAGCCUCUAAAUUCAGACGUAAAACCGAGAUGGCACAAAAGAAGGACUAAUCAUUUUGUCUAACCAGAGACACAUAUUAUGGGUACUAUAUCAAUUAUCAUUUGUUAUUUUAUAUAAAGCACAGAACAUAUACGAGAUGAAUAGAGUUUUUUCUAUUAAAGUCAAACUCUUGUUCUUAUAUUUUUAAUAAGUCACAUAAGUUUCCAUUUUCGUAAUUUUGUAUAUUUGAUCAGUACCCAUAAUAUAGAUGUUUUAAAGAGAUAUAAAUACGUAUAUAUUUUAUUUCUAACAAUUGCGGUUUUUAUUUCGUAUAAAAUAUGUAAUAGUCACUGCGUCUAAAUCUUUUUUUAACACAAGUGUUUUCUACAUUUUACAAUAAAUAUUUUUAAAUUAAAAUUUCUCGAAAAACACGCAUGGUAAAAUAUUUCCUAGAUGUGAUAUGCUUUUCCCGAAAAAAAUCAUCUGAAUUAAUAUAACAAAGUAUUUUAUAUUUACAUAUACCUAUUUAAAAAAUUAAAUAAAAACGGAUUGAAAGUAAUAUAUUUAUUUGGGUAAACGUUGUACUUUAACUUAUUUGUGAUAAAUAAAUGUUUUUGUUUGAA